AUGGCGACCGCAGCUCUCUGCUCCGCUCCUAGCCUUUCCGCGAGCCUCACGCUCUCGCGGAGGGGAGAUGCUGCCGGAGCGCAGCAGUUGCAGGUCGCCCUAAGCAGCGCGGCCGUAAGAACCGGCGCGUUCGACGUGGCCUCGCUGCGGAAGCAGCGCGGUCGCCAUGGGCUAAUUGUCUCUCGCCAGCCAGUGCAGGCCAGGGCUGGCGAUAAGCCUUCCUCGUCCGCCGAGCCGUCCGAUGCUUCUCGUGUGGCAUCAACGGUGGCAAGCAAAGCUGUAGCAGCCGUGCUAGCUGCUAUCCAGGUGCUUGCGCCAGUUUCCGCCGCGUUCGUCCCCCUGCUGGCGCAGCCGCCACCCGCGGAAGCCAUCCUGCUCUCCCCGGACACCAAGGUUCCGCGCAAUGCUGACGUGGCGCUCCGCCGCGCCGUGCCAGUUGUCAACGAGGCAGUCAGGAAAAUCCAGGAUGAGUUGGAGGAGAUUACAACGCUCAUGCGCAUCCCACAGAAAAAGCCGUACAAGACAAUGGCAGCGAACGUGAAUAAGGCGGUCAAGUUGGCAGAGGCCAAUCAAGCAGCAAUUUUGGACGCUGUGCCUGCUGCCGACAGGGAGAGGGCAGCAGCCAUCUACAACGACCUUGUCAACUCCAAGAGUGGCUUCCCCGGCCUCCUAGCAGCAAUAGAGGACAAGGACCCUGACCGCGUCUCCAUCCGCCUCGCCUCCUCCCUCAACGAUGUCGCCAACCUCUCGCUGCUGCAAGCCACAGGCCUUCAGUUCCUCAUCCCCUCCCAAUACGCCAGUCUCCCACGGCUAACAGGGCGGGCAACGGUGGAGUUUGCAGUGCUCAAGGCGGAUGGCUCCUACUUCUCCCUUGAUAACGGAGCCACUUCUGCCAUCACAGGCGUGAUGCAGGUGGUGCUUGACGGUUACUCCGCUCCUCUGACAGCUGGAAACUUUGCUCAGCUGGUGUCCCGCCGCGCAUACGAUGGAGUGGCAGUGAAAGCCACCGACCUCGCCGUCCUAUCCGAUGCACGAGAUCCCUCCGCCGGCCGGGACGUGCCGCUUGAGAUCAUGCCAGCUGGCGAGUUCCAACCCAUCUACCGCACACCGCUGGACGUGCAGGAUGGCGAGCUUCCAGUGCUGCCCAUGUCAGUGUUUGGAGCAAUGGUCAUGGCCCACUCUCCUGAGAGUGACUCCUUCAGCCAUCCCUCACAGUUCUUCCUAUACAAAUACGACAAGAGACGGUCCGGUUUGGGCGGGCUCGCAUUUGACGAGGGCCAAUUCUCAGUUUUCGGGUAUGUGACAAAAGGAAGGGACGUUCUGGCUCAGCUUCGGACUGGCGAUGUGAUCCAAUCAGCUCGUAUCGUGGCUGGGGCUGAUAGGCUAGUUUCCGCUGCCCCACAGCCUCGCACAUCCCUUCCUCCCCCCCUCCAAACCCCUCCACGCCUCUCCAUCCCAAUCCAUCCCCCUCCAACCCCCUCCACCGCUCUCCAUCAGAUCGAGUUGGAGCAGUACCCCACGGGUCCUCACAUCGCCUCACGGAUGCUCUAUGAGAUUCACACGCGUUUUGAUGACGUGGAGGGGCGUACAGUGCUGGACCUUGGCUGUGGGUGCGGCACCCUAGGGAUUGCCGCGGCCAUGCUGGGAGCAGAGUGA